AUGGGUGUUAAAUAUACCUUUGACUAUUCACUAAAACGGCCUAAACAACUGAGUGUCGUCGAUUCCUACGCUGCACUAGGCACAGACACGGUUAAAUGCGUCGUAGUUGCAAUUGAACGAAGUAGUCGUAACUGGGAGUCGAUAUCGCAAUAUUGUUUAGAUCUCCGGCCCAAACAAUUGAUCCCAGAGCAGCCGAAAGGAGGCUCGUGCCCAUGGUGGGGAAGGCCUCUUUAUGAUAGAUGGGCUUCCCGGUGUGGUUUCUAA